GCACCACCUAGCUCCUGCCUCCACUCCUGAUGCAGCCCUUCCCUACAUCUCCUCUCCCCAAUCCCCAUGGCCAAGCUGCGUGACAGACGCGGCUGGGAUGGUUACCGACACCGGUAGCCACAGAAGAACGAUUGAGUCCUGCAGUGCCCGCGGCAGCUCCUUCCCGGCAGCUGGCGUCCUCUUCCACUUCCAAGCCAUCGAGGAGGACUGCUAUGGCUCUUCCCAUGGCGGCCUACGAGGUUUUGAUUGGGUCCUUGCAUCGGUUUUGACGGAGCCUGAUAGGAACGCCCGGAAAGAAGUAGUCUUGGAUUGGACCAUCGUGGGCAUUUCAUCAUGUUUGUGGUGGCCAUGGGGCAGGCAUCGUCGAGAUCCAUCCCUGUGAGCCGCAGUUCAUAUUUAAGCACACACGAUUCCCCUUGCCCCGUCCCUCAUCUGUAGAAAAUUAUUUUAUUCUGGUCCGUGUUGGGGAAAAGGCGGCUGCCGGCGAUGGGGCAUUGGGGAGAAUUCAUGCUCGAUCCGGCUGCCACCACACGCCAUUCUUUUUUUAUCUGGUGGGGAAGUAGAGGGGGUAGCCGAGCGGAGGAGCGGGCGCGGGUCGGUCGCAGCUCUGGGGGCUCCAGCGGCAGCAAGAGUGGUACAUGAUGGCGGCCGCGCUGUAUCCGUACCUCCUCCCGCCGCUCUUCGACGACCUGCCGGCGGCGCUUUUGGCCGCGAGUGCUCUUUGGUCGUCACCGCGGCAGCCAUGCACGAGCAGGCGUUUCACUGGCGCGCGUUUAGCGCUCUUUCGCUCUCCGGUCGGCCUAAUCGAGUGCAUGUCCCCAGUCCCCGUCUCUGUCCUCGCCACUGCCUCCGCCAGAAGCCCCGGCAGCGGUCUGCCGUCCUCCUUCCCUCUCAGCCAGAUGUUCUUGUGCUGCUAGCUCAUAUCUCUCUCCCGUACAAUACAAAGACGGGAUGCGUUUGAGGUUUGACCUUAUCAUCAGGUGAGUUCAAACCUCACCACAGACUGUUAUGAAGUUUCUUGAGAUUUUCUGGUUAGGGAGAUUUGGGAUAAAAUAUGCUCUGAAUUUUGGACAACAGUACUGCCAUAAGUUCGAACUAACAUACUGUUUCGCCAAAAAAAGCAGAAGUAACAUACUGAACCACGUGAACCAAUUUAGGCUUGCUCAGUUUGUGGCUGCUCAAUUGUGUGGUGGAUGAACUUAUUAUGAUUUGUUCUCCAAGUCUCCCUUUUUGUGAUAAGAGUUUGUGAUUAUUAAGAUUUAGGCAAGGUACCGACUACCAAUGUGUGUCUGUCCUUUGCAAAACUUAUCAGUACGAAUCUCCACAUCAUUCAUAUUGAUAUUGUUUUUGACAGGGUAUGCUGGCUGGAACUCAAGGCGGGAUUGUCCGACCAAGUUUUAGGCCAUCUAAUUAACUCUGCUUGGAGGCUUGGACCUUCUAAUAAUUUUAUAAAUUUCAUUUUCUUACAUCAUCUCUACUGAUUAGGUGUUUAAUUUAAGCACUUAACUCCUGCGUUUUGAUUUUUGGCCGAAAAAAAUGAUUUUCGGCCGAAUUUCGGCCGUCUCGCUAGGGCCCGAUAUAUGGGCCUAUCGGCCGAAUUAUUCGGCCCAGUUUGAAUUUUUUUUGCCUGGCCCAGCUUCGAGAGCCUUCUAGUUAGCUUCCGCUGAGACAAAACCACGAAACCCAAACGGCCUAACCCUAGAAUCACUCGUUCCCUAUCCCUCUUCCUGUGUGCGGCGCCGCCGCCGCGCACAGGCCACAUCUCCUCGCCCUCCUCCACAUCUCCGGCCAAGGCGCUCGCUUCUCUGGCCGUCCUCCACAUCUCCUCGCCUCCACCCCAUCCACUUCCUGUCCUUUGCUUCUCCAAGACUGCAGCAUGGUGCUUGGCGGCUGCGGCAACGGAGCUGAUGGAGCGCAAGCCGACCAGUUCAACGGAGGCAGUAGCACGGAGCAGCGGCAGCAGCAUGGAGGGCGUCCGCUUGACUGGGAAGGUAAUGGAACUGCAAAUAGGAAUGGCAGCGGCAACCAUGAUGCAAGUGCAAGUGGUUCUCAAAGCUCUUGGAAAGGAAUUAAAGAUAAUAACUUAUAUGAUCCUUGGAACCAUACAUGGCCGUAUUCUGGGGGUUUUCAUUGUAUGUACUGUGGCCUAAAGCACAAAGGUGGAGGUGCAACCCGUGCCAAGGAGCACCUUGGUUGGAUUGUAGGUAACGUGAGGAGCUGCCCAAAUGUGCCAAGAAAUGUGAGAGAUGCAAUGAGAGAGUGCCGGGAUGAAUCGAACAGGAAGAAAAGAGAGAAACAAAAUAGCAGGCUGAGAAUUGAAAGAAAUAUUAUGGAAGGGCUGUAUCAACAAGGAAGGGUGAUUAACAUAAUAGAUGAUGAUGAAGAAGAAAUUCAGAUGAAUAUUCGAGAGGCAUUGCGUGACCCGAAUGUCUCCCGCAGAGUUGAUAGGAGGAUUGGCAAGGGGAGUGUGGGUGAUGUGCGAGUUGAUGUUGGCAAAAAGAGUAUCACCGCAUAUUUUGACAAGCAAUUAUGCAGCAACAAAGUAUCUAUGCAGCCCAAGAUCAGUAGUGCUUUGGAUCCUAAUUCGAGAGAUGCACUUGGCCUAGCUUGGUCCAAGUUUUUUCAUGCCAAUGAUAUUGCUGGACGUAAAGCUGACUGUCCAUACUUCCGAGCUGCUUUGAAGAUCACUCAACAAUUAGGACCUACUCCUAUACCAACCGCGAAGGAGAUUGAUGGAAAAUAUUUGGAUGCAAACUAUGAUGAAGCAACUUCGUUUCUUCAGAAAUUCAAACAAGAUUGGAAAAACUUUGGUGUGACUCUUAUGUGUGACUCUUGGACUGGUCCAAAAGGAAUGUGUCUCAUAAACUUCAUGGUGUAUUGCAAUACACGAAUGUUCUUCCUUAAUACUAUUGAUGCAUCCGGUCAGACUCAGAAUUCAGACUUUAUCUAUAGAGAGAUUGAGAAGGUUGUAGAAGAGAUAGGCCAUGAACAUAUAGUUCAAAUCGUAACCGAUAAUGGGUCCAAUUAUAAAAAAGCUUGCAAAACCCUUAUAGAAGAACCAAAGUACUCUCAUAUUGUUUGGAAACCGUGUGCUGCUCACACCGUCAAUCUUAUGUUAAAAGAUAUAGCCAAGUUUCCUGAGGUUGAUUGA